GUGCCCCGAGUCUGUCUGCGGCUCCUUCGUGUGCGGAGAGGUGCACUGCCCCCCGGCGCCAGCGUGCCCGCAGUGCCCCGCGUGCCCAGGCUGCCCCGGGGCCCCCGAGCCAGCCUGCACCACCCCUGCGGCAGCGCCGCCGUGGCUCCCUGGCUGGCUCGCGUCCGCUGGACUCCUGCUGCUGGGCGCGGCCGGAGGAGCUGUGGUGCUUGCCCUCGCGCUGGGCACCUGGCAGGUGUUGCGCUGGCUGACGGGCGAGGCGCUGUACCACCAGCGGCGCGUUGUCGGGGUGCUGGCCUCCUCGGCGACUCAAGUGACUGACGCCGACGAGGUCAUCGGCGUCUCGCCGGACGGCGACCCCGAGCAGAUCGACCUCUCAGGGGCCUCGCGGGACAUCGAGGCCUGGCGCUGGUCGGAGCGGGCGGCAGGGCAGCCAGCGGUGCUCCCGGCGACGGGCAGCCUGGUCGACGCCGUGUGGCCCGCGCCCGCAGCGCCAGCCGCGGCCGCCGCUGUGGCCCCCGCAGCCCCCGGGCUGCCGCUAGCGCUCCCUGGGAUGGCGCCCCCCCCGGGCCCUCCGGCCCUGGGCGCCCCCGCCGCGGCCGCCGCCCCGCUGGCCCUGCUCGGAGCACCCCCAGCCGCGCUGCCUGGCGCUGCUCCACCGGGGGCGGUGGUGGCGGCCCCGCUGGCCGCCGCGGCGCCUGGAGCCGCCGCCCCGGCCGCCUUCCCCGCGGCCAUGGCUGCUGGCGCCCCUGCAGCUGGGGCCCCGCUGGCCGCAGGACUGGGCAUGGUGGCAGCGGCACCCUACCCAAUGAUGGUCACGGUUGAGACGACGACGUACGGCCCGCGUGGGACUCCAGUGGCUCCGAACGGCACGGAGGUCAUGUCUGGCGACAUCGGCAUCCACACGGCUCCUGGCUAUGGUGGCUUGCUGGUUCGUACGAUUCGUUCCGACCAGGUGCAGGAUUUCAAGGGCCUCGAGGCAGCGGGUGAUGCCCGCCUCCUCAGCGUGAUCGCGGUGAAUGGUCAACGCUCUCGUCGAGCAUGGCGUGACGUGGCCAGCUCGCUAUCCGAGAUCGCUUUCCCCGACUGGGCGAUAGAGGGCCCCCGCACCACCCUUUGGUGCUGCCGAUGGAUCGACCGUCGGGGCGGGGGCCCUCUCGACCACCACCGUUUCUUCGUGAUGGUCCACCGCCUCCACAAGGACAGCUGGGGUGUCCCGAUGCACGAGUUCGGGAUGAAGGCCCUCGAGACCCUCGGCGCCUACGACUCGCUCGACCUGCCGAACGUCGCGGGGAUCGAGUCGCUAAUGCGCGAAGUCCAGCUGGUCGAGUAUGCGUAUGCCAAGCACGGCGGGUUUGCUGGAGCCAGCACUGAGGGCCGUGGCCGUGGCCGCGGACGAGGAGGCGCCGCGGGCGCCUUCGGCUACCUGGACGAGCACACCGCCUUCCGGGGGCAGCGUGAGACGGGAGACGCCAUGGUGCGCCCCGCCCUGGUCGAGUGGGUUGGCAAGCAAGCCGAACGCGAUGCCAACAUUUUAAAGCAGGUCCGAAAAGCCCGAGAAGAGCGGGCUGAUGCGGGCCAUGGUCCAAAUUAG